GAGGAAAAGCUGGGGAGUGGUUAAUUAACAGGAUCGGUACGUAACUUUGUUUUCCUCCUCCUAUAAAUAGUAGUAAAAUUGGCUGCCUUUCCCAGUCCAGUAUUUCCCUUAUUAGAAAGAACUAGAAUUAAAGAAACAAAAUGGAGCCAUGUUAUAGAGAUAACAGAGACGAAGAAGAAGACGAAAAGCAGUAUAGCUAUGCAAGGGAAGUGAUACGCUCCUCAGUGCUACCAUUGGUGUUGAAGGCGGUGAUAGAGUUAGAAGUUCUAGACAUCAUAGCCAAGGAGGGUCCUGGAGCCCAACUCUCUGCCUCGGAAAUCGCAUCGCGGUUGCCACCCUCUGCUGCUGCAUCCGGUCGCAAUCCGGAUGCGCCGGAGAUGCUGGACCGGAUGCUGCGUUUCCUGGCCAGCCACUCGAUUCUCACGUGCUCGGCAGCCAUCUCCACCUCCUCCGACCCAACGCCGACUGGGCCAGCUGGCCCAGUCGGCGAGACAAGAGUGUAUGGGCUGGCACCUGUGGCCAAAUACUUCGUUCCCGACCAAGACGGAGUCUCGUUAGCGUACUUGCUGUUCAUGUCCCUGGACAAAGUCCACGUUAACAGCUGGUACGAACUAAAAGGGGCAGUUUUGGAAGGAGGGAUACCCUUCGAACGGGUACACGGGAUGCAUGUAUAUGAAUACUGCGGGAAAGAUGCGAGGUUCAAUGAGGUAUUCAACAAGGCCAUACAAUGUGUCUCCAAACUUCUCAUCAAGAAAAUCCUCCACUCCUACAAGGGCUUUGAGCAACUCCGAAGCCUUGUUGAUGUUGGUGGCGGCCUUGGUGUCAUCCUCAGCUUGAUCACUGCCAAGUACCCACACAUCAAGGCCAUUAAUUUUGACCUCCCACAUGUUAUUCAGCAAGCCCCGCCCUAUCCUGGGGUGGAACAUGUGGGAGGAGAUAUGUUUGAAAGUGUUCCGAAGGGCGAUGCCAUUUUCAUGAAGCGGGUACUUCAUAAUUGGAGUGAUGAUCAAUGUCUACAAAUACUAAAGAAUUGCCAUAAAGCUCUACCAGAGCAUGGAAAGGUAAUUGUGGUGGAGACAAUCCUUCCAGCGAUCGUAGAUACAAGCAAUGCAGCAAUAUCCGCUUUUCACAUUGAUUUGCUGAUGAUGUCUGAACUCGGUGGGAAGGAGCGCACAGAACAGGAGUACCGGACCCUAGCAGUUGGAGCUGGAUUUUCUGGCAUCAAACUGGAUUGCUAUGCGCGUACCUUUUGGGUCAUGGAAUUUUACAAGUAGUACUGUCCACUUGUGGAGUACUUGAUCGAGCUAAAACUUGCAUUAAUUCCUAGUAGUAUUAUGUUAUUUUGUUUGGGUCAUGAAUUAAGACCGUAAGUAGUCAUGUUCCGAUAUAUGUGAUGUUCCCUUAUGUCC